AUGGAUGGCAUUGUGGGCACCGCGCCGCCUGGCACCAUGUAUGUGCGAGCGUUAUACGACUACGAGGCAGACGACAGAACAAGUUUGAGUUUCCACGAAGGCGAUGUUAUUCAGGUCAUCACUCAACUGGAGAGUGGUUGGUGGGACGGUGUCAUCAAUGGGGUCCGCGGUUGGUUCCCAAGCAACUACUGCCAAAUAGUUGCGAGCCCGGAGGACUUGCCAGAACACGGCCACAACGGCCCUACAGACCAGGUCGACGACGAACCGGACGAACCAGAGGGCUUCGACGAGAGCUUCGACCAAGAUGACGAUUCCGAGGCAGAAGAUCCCGCAGGACUGCCGCUGGAAGGCACCGAUUCUGGGGACAAAUCAAGAGCCGACUUUUGGAUCCCUCAGGCUACUCCCGACGGACGGCUCUUCUAUUAUAACAUGAUGACCGGCGAUAGGAGUAUGGAGCUACCUCUGGAGUCACCCUUGUCUUCAACCGAAACUGGUCCCAGGGAUCGGGCCAACGUUAACAUUCCAGACAAAACGAGACCUCCUCCCGAGAUGAUGGCGCGCGGGCUGACCCAAGACGAAGACGACGACUCGGCAACCUCUGCCUCCGAAGCCGAAGGCGAGUCCUUAAUGUUCGCCUCUCGAGGCUAUGUGGGGAGAGAUCGAGCUUCCACGAGCGGCGUCUUGUCACCUUCUACCUCUAUGGACUCAAUAAACGGUGCAUCUCCAAACCGACGGAAAAGAAGCGAUGUGCACCCCAACGGCAAGCAGGGCUCUUUACAGCCCCCGAAUAUGGCCUCGGCCACUUCCUUUACCAGCACAACGUACAAUCUGCCAACAACUGCAACUGUUCCGCGUUCCUUUUUUGACGACGGGUCUACACCCCCUUUAACGUGGAGCCUGCUAGUUUCCAACAUGAAACGUGCAAUCGACCGAUAUCGCGAGGCAAUUACGAGAAAUUGCCGAUCAGAAUAUGUUGCUAGAGCUGAAGAUAUCUCGGAUCAUUUGCGACUUCUGCUCGCGGCCGGCUCUGGUACAACAGACAAUCACUCUGGGCAGCCGUCCAUCAUUUCGACCAAUAAGGCGCUGUAUCCUCAUUUCCGAGACAUGAUGUCAAAGUUCUCGAAGCUUGUCAUUUCGUCACACAUUGCUGCUGCCGAUUGGCCCAACGCCGAGUCUGUACAAAAGUGCCUACAAGAAGCAGAUGGGGUUCUCCUUGGAGUCUUCAGUUAUGUUGAGGUAGCUCGACAACAACGUGGGGAAGAAAUACCCCGUCUGUUCCCUGGCUUCGUGAUUGGCAGUACCGUUGGAGGUAGUUGGCAGAACAAUGGUUUGGGGCCAAGAGAUCCCAUCACAGCCAAUUUCCUGGAAGAUGAAGAGGGCCUGGUGGAGCCAUCGGCAAUUCUGAACAGCAAACUCCUCGAAAGAUUAGACGAACAGAAACGCAUAUUGGUAUCGAGCAUUCGCGAGUUGGACAAGAGUCUGAUCACUCCCGAAAAGAUUGUAACGUCCCUUCGUCAUGAGACUGUGGGCAAUAAUGUAUGCUCUGCAGGCGGCAAGGUUGUCGAAACCUUCAAAAUGUGGAUCGCCAUGAUUGAAUCUAUUGAUCUUUCUUCGCUGGGAAGUAGCUUUCAAACUCCCCAGCUGGGCGAUUUUGGUGUCAAUAAACAAAGCCUAUACGACAAUAUUUCGGACUUGAUUCUUGGCUGCCAGGCAGUUGCCGGACCGUUGGCAGAUGAGUGGAACGAAGUGCGGGGCGAGUCUCUUGAAAACCGUCUAGAAUAUGUGCGCCAGUGUGCUAGAGCAUUGGAGACGAAUUCAUCUCACAUUGGGUUUUCUUUGCAACUUCUCUCAGAGCAAGUUCAGGUAAACCCGCAGCUUCCACAGCAUGCCGAGUCUCGUACACGAGAAGACUCGGUCCCACGAGCAACGUUGCAACGGGGCGAAACUUUGCCAUAUGAACGAUCACAUCAGCGGUCGGAGUCGAGAUCUGCCCCUGGCCGGCCGUCCCUGUUGUCGGCACAAUCCUUAAGUGAAGGCGACCCCCCAGCUGGCAAUUUCAGAAAAGGAGACUACUCCAAAGUCAAGAAGAUAUUUGGGGAGGAUCCGUCGCCGCAAACUGGUAUGCAGGCCAACGAUGAUACCCCCGACUUCUUACGGCUUGAUUACGAAAACGAUGUGUCAUGGGAUACCAAGACUGCGUCGCCCACGGUAAAGGGAGGUUCUCUUCUUGCACUAGUUGAACAGCUCACCCGCCACGAUAAGUUAGACUCGAGUUUUAACAACACAUUUCUUCUCACCUAUCGGUCCUUUACUUCAGCGCGAGAGCUGUUUGAGCUGUUAGUUAAACGGUUUGGCAUACAGCCACCAGAUGGUCUCAGCCAAUCAGACUUCGAAUCCUGGCGUGACAGGAAGCAAAAGCUGAUUCGUUUUCGUGUUGUGAACAUCCUCAAGAGCUGGUUUGAUAGCUUUUGGAUGGAGGAGCAGAACGACGAAUCUAGACAGUUGAUUCGCGACGUUUACACUUUUGCAAGAGACACCGUCAAAUCUACAGAGACCCCAGGGUCAGGCCCUCUAAUGGCUGUCUUGGACCAGCGACUGAGUGGUAAAGAAGCCGGUGCUCGUCGAAUGAUUCAAACAUUGAACCAAAGCACGCCAACACCUAUUGUUCCAAAGAAUAUGAAGAAACUGAAGUUUUUGGAUAUUGAUGUCACGGAGUUUGCUCGCCAGCUCACCAUCAUUGAGUCGAGGCUUUAUGGCAAGAUCAAGGCUGCAGAAUGCCUGAACAAGACCUGGCAAAAGAAGGUUGCGGAAGGUGAACCCGAUCUGGCACCCAAUGUAAAGGCAUUGAUUCUCCACUCCAAUCAGAUGACCAACUGGGUCGCGGAGAUGAUUCUUGCCCAGAUGGAUGUGAAGAAACGAGUUGUCGUGAUCAAGCACUUUGUCGCCGUAGCAGAUAAAUGCCGGAGUCUUAACAAUUUCUCUACCCUGACUUCCAUCAUUUCAGCCCUUGGAACAGCGCCGAUUGCUCGACUAAAGCGGACUUGGGACCAAGUGCCCCAGCGAACACAAGGAGUCCUGGAGACUAUGCGUCGGGUAAUGGCUAGCACCAAGAAUUUUGGCGAGUAUCGUGAGGCUCUUCAUGCAGCUAAUCCGCCAUGUAUUCCUUUUUUUGGCGUCUAUUUAACUGAUCUCACUUUCAUUGAGGAUGGCAUUCCCUCGAUCAUCAAGAAGACGAACUUGAUCAAUUUUGCAAAACGCGCAAAGACUGCAGAAGUAAUCCGGGACAUUCAGCAAUACCAAAAUGUGGGAUACUCUCUGCAGCCUGUUCCCGAACUGCAAGAUUACAUAUUAAGUAACAUGCAAGCUGCCGGCGACGUACAUGAAAUGUACGACAAGAGCUUGCAAGUGGAACCAAGAGAGCGAGAAGACGAAAAAAUUGUGAGGUACAGAUACCAAUCAAACGACGGAAGGGAGUUCUAG